AUGACGGAUGCUUUCCCCGCCACCCUCACAGGCCCAACCUCAAAGGAGCGCAAGUAUGAUCGCCAACUCCGCCUGUGGGCUGCAACUGGCCAGCAAGCACUUGAGGAUUCACGCGUCUUACUAGUGAACUCAGAUGGCCCACUUGGUCAACAUAGCACGGGUGUCUCCGGCGUUGCGGGCGUCGAGACCCUCAAGAAUCUAGUCUUGCCUGGCAUUGGUGGUUUCACCAUCGUUGACCCUGCGACGGUCACGGAAUCUGACCUUGGUGUGAACUUCUUCCUGGAGGAAGAAUCUCUUGGCAAAUCGCGCGCUGAAGAAACUUGUCGGCUGCUCAGAGAAUUGAACCCGGACGUGCAGGGAUACCAUUACUCCAAACGCAUCGAGGAUCUCACCGUCGAUCCCGAUUUCCUACCCAGACACAAGUUGAUUAUCAUCUCGGGUCCAAUCAGACGCUCAACAUUGGCUCCGCUGUGCUGGCAAGCAAAGCAACUAGGCAUUCCUGUGUUAUACCUCCACUCAGUGGGAUUCCUCUCCACAUUCUCAGUCCAGCUUCCUGCCGAAUUCCCUAUUGUUGAAACGCAUCCAGAUCCAGAAUCGACUCAAGAUCUGCGCCUGCUGAACCCCUGGCCCGAGCUUGUCGCUGCAGCUUCCAAAUUGGAAGCCCUGGAUACACUCGAUGACCACCAGCAUGGCCAUGUUCCCUACAUCCUUCUGCUUCUUCACUUCCUCGAGCAAUGGAAACAAACCCACGACGGAAGCGCGCCAAAGAAUUACAAGGAGAAGACCGAGUUCAGAGAGUUUGUGCGGGGCCAAGCACGAACUUCCAAUCCCGAGGGAGGCGAAGAGAACUUUGAUGAGGCAGUCUCCGCCGUGCUGAAGACAAUCUCACCGUUUGAGCUGCGUAGCUCGAUCCGCGAUAUCUUCAACAUGGAAGAAUGCCAGCAACUGACGUCCGCUUCCCAGGACUUCUGGAUAAUUGCAUCCGCCAUAAAGACUUUCCAUGCCUCACAUGGUGUCCUGCCUCUGCCUGGGUCUCUGCCCGACAUGAAAGCCCAGUCAGCGGACUACGUUGCACUACAGAAUAUUUACAAGACCAAGGCACGACAGGAUAUCGAAGAAGUGACAGCAACAGUACGCCAACUCGAAUCUCAAAUCGGACGUGAUUCACCCGCCAUUCUUGACAGGGAGAUCGAAGUCUUUUGCAAGAAUGCCGCGCAUAUCAAGGUGGUGCGGGGCCGUAGCAUCCCACAGAUCAGUAUCGAUAGUGACGCCUCCACGCUGAAGAAGAUUCGAGGCGAGCUUAACUCGGAGGACUCUUUGAUCUCCAUAUUCAUUGCAACCCAGAUCCUCGACUCGGUUGUCGAUGAAAUCCAAUCCAGCGGUCUAGAGAAUGAGAGAUCUAUCGACGAUAGUGCACUUUGGCAUAGUCACACAGAGCGCAUUCUUGCCUUGCUCACUGGGGUUGACGGAGUGGCCGUGGAUACUGCAGCGCGGGAGCAAGUCGGGCGUGCGAUCAAGGAGUUGCGUCGUGCCCAAGGUGGUGAGCUGCACAAUGUCUCUUCGCUGACUGGUGGACUUGUUGCUCAGGAGGCAUUGAAGGUGCUCACUAGGCAAUAUGGCCCACUUGACAAUACUUCUGUCUUUGAUGGGGCCAGAAGCAGGACUGAGAUGUACAGGCUGUGA